AUGAGAGGAGUGGAGAAAAGAAAAAGAGGAAUUAUACAAGAGAGAGUUGAGAAACUGGAAUGGGAAAAAGAAAGAAGGGAUAGAGAAGAGAAGAGAAAGAACAUAAUAAUCAGAGGGUCUAAUUUCGAAGAGAAAGAGUUGAAGUGUGAGAUAGAGAGCUUUCUGGCAGUUAAUCUAAAAGUGGAAACAAAAGUCCGAAGCGCACACAGGCUGAAUACGAGAAGAGACGGAAACGGAAGCAAGAUAGUACUACUGAAAUUGGAGGAAUGGGAGGAUAAGAGGAAGAUAAUGGAGAAGAAAAAGGAGUUAAACAGAGGAAUAUACAUAGAAGACGACCUAACCUGGAAGGAGAGAGAAGUACAAAAGAGGCUGAGAGAGCUAGCAUGGGAACACAAGAAAAGCGGAAAAUCGGCGAAAGUAGGAUAUUUCAAGCUAUGUAUGGAUGGGAAGUGGUUCCGUUGGGAUGAAAGAAAAGGAAGUUUAAGAGAGGAAGAAGAGAGAAGAGCCUGA